AUCAACUUUGUCUCAUGCAUAUCCCAUAAAGUAACACGGCUAUCAAUAGUUACUUCCUAUCUCCCUUAACGUCAUCUCCGUUUCCCCUUUUUAUUCUUACACUGCAAUCUUCUCACACUGUCUGCAUUUUAAGCCCAUAAGCUCAUUUAUUUAUAAGUUCUUGAAACAAUCGUCAUCUCUUAACACUCAUUACUCUCAGAUUGCAAUCAACCAAUCUCCUCGCUGGUAAUGUGAUGGCCGCUGGCAUCCAAAAACCAUGCAGCUAUGAGGAGAACACACUCACUCAAACUACAAGAUAUACCAACCCACAAAUGACUACCAAACUGACUGAAAUUAGUGCGGUAGAAUGAAUUGACUGACAUUCACUGAAAUACUUUAAACCUUACCGAAACAGCAAAAAACACAUCAAUCGAUUUGUAUGGGAUCUCAUCCUACUGAAGUGUAACGUUUUAUUAAUUGAUUUUAAAAUGUUUCAAUGGAUUGUGCAGUCGACAAUACCGAAUUACCAUUGUUUUUCCAGCUCUCUCUACAAAAACUGGAACUACUUUGACCUUCAGAAAUACUUUGCGGCCGCGGAUGUCAUAGCCCCAAGUUCGAAAUUUGUUACAUAUGUUCCUGAACACUAAUCGCCCAUUUGACAUUCUAAAUCGAAGUGGAUUCGAUAAACAAUAUGAAGAGUACAAACAAGGAAUGUAUCUUACUCAGUCUGUGAUGAGUAUAUUCCAAGAGAAGUAAGUUCUCUAUGAUUCUACUUUCGUGUAUGUUUUGCAGCCUAUAUACAGGUUCAAAUGACCUUCGUAACCUACUUUUGAACUACUGUUCUAGGUUUUAAAAUAUUCUGGCGUCAGUCAAUCAUAAUCACCGUAAGCGUGGUAAGAAUGUACAUGUUUCAACUCACCAUUACUUCAUUCAGCACUGCUUGUUGAGGUAGAGGUGGUUGGGAAUACGUAACAAAUCUUCCAGCUACUACAACCUCAGUAAUCAAUUUCUUUGGUACCCUGCCUUCUGUCCCACCAUCCUUCACUUGGUUGUUUUAUUGAAGAAAGAAACAUCCGUUUCGACGUAGACUACUCAUAAAUGACGAGUUUUUUCUAAAGAUUAAUUUUUCAGAACAGAGCGGCAUCGCUGACUCAGUAUCACUUCAUUGUAUAUCCGCACAUGUUCACAUGCUAACUUGCGUAAUAAACAUAUUUCCACACAGUUGUCUAUACUAUGUAGUAGCUUGCCAAACAAUUCCUAUAUCAGCGAACUAAGUCAUUAGUUUUUCCUUGCGUAUACCGCCUUUAAGCGUUCUGAUUAGGAAAUUUCUGUUUCUUAUUACAAUAACGAUACUGCCUAAUUUUUAGUUCCAUCUGACGUCUAUAUAAGUGGUCUCAAUUCGUAUCCACGUUUUGUGUUUAUGUCAAUGUGUAUAAAAAUUACUUCCAAGCUUGCGAAGUCUCCAUAGGCCACCUAGAGAAAUAUUGGUGUAUGGCUUAUACUGAAUUUUUCUGUUUUAAUUAGAAAAGACCAUUUAUCGAGUCGAUUAGAAUUUUGAUAAGGUUACAACUUCAAUGACAGUAAUUAAAGAUUGCACUACAUUUAAGUAGAAUGAAGUGGAAAACGUAGAUUAUAACUAAUUAAAUCAAUAAUAUCAUUCUAUUAUGUGUUCAAUCUUAUUCAAUUACCAAAGUGAACCUUAAACACCCAUCCAAAAGCUCAUUGGUUUCUAAUGGUUAAUUGUUAAUUAAUAUUCUUUCCAAAAAGUAUUUACUUAAAGCCUGGUCACAGACUACUGCAUUGUUUUGUUUGCUUCGUCACCAUCAAAUACGAAAAGUUAUUAUUGAAAUAAAAAUUAUUUAUUAUGAUUGUUUCUAAAUUAAUGCGUGUGAAUAUCACCUUUGUUUUCGCAAACAUUUUUCAAAGUAUACCACAUAUUCAUCAGUCAGUCAGCCAGUUAUAGGGGCCGUAAAACCUGACACGUUUGUACGUCGAUUCAGUUUGCUAUACUCCAUUAGGACAACUAAAUAUAAUUGUCAGGUCGAAUUCUAAGGAAGCAGAUUUAGUAACCAUAGUAGUGGUAAUGUAAAAGAUUAGGCAAAGAUUUGAUUCGAGAGGAAAAUAUGAAUUCGUAGAAUACAAAAUAAUUUACACGGUAAUUUAGGACCUUGGAGUUUAAGAGAAGAUAAAAAGUAAAAAUAUCUGCACAACUGUGACUGAUUUCGAUCCAUGUCACUCAGUCUGUGAUAAUUGGUUACGAUAACCACACAAAUCCCAACCAGGUCGUCUGCGCCUAUCUACAUGGUUGUGUUGGACAGUCAGUCUUCAUAGACGGAUGUUGCGUUUUAGUUCAGGCAUUUUUAUGACUCACGGUGUUCAAGUCUUAUACUCACACACAAACUUCCUCUACAAAAGCCCCCCACCCCAACUGGCUACUGAGUGAGAAGAAGAAGAGUGAAGGAGAAAGUUUAUUGAGCUAAACUGAACUAAGUAGAUGAAUAUAUAUGUCUGCUCAUCAGAAAAUAAAAUCAUUUCUUGGCCAAUAAUAUGCACUUUUUAUUAGGUUUUGGAUUCCCGCAACGCGACUUUCUUAUUUGAUGACUUUUGAUUGACGCAGUGUAUCAUGGAUCGCUAACUUUCUUACAUCAGACAUCAUCUCUCAUCUAGGCAGCCACUGAAUGGAGAUACCUAGUACAUUCCUUAACGAUCUCAGUCGACAAAGAUCCACUGCCCCAUAAGUCGAUUCACCAUAUUUACCUAGUCCUUUUCGUCUAACCUCAUCAUUCCUCACUCAGUGGUCCCAAAAUACUCGAGCAAUUGUUCAAAAACACCAUCGAAAGUAAAAAUAGCUCUGGUUUAUAACCUACAUCAACGUUCUAGUGGUUUUUAAAUAAUGAAAAAUAUUGCGCAGUUUAACUAUUCAGAGGUAUUUCCGGAUGAUAAAACUAUUUUCUCACCAUCGGGAUACCCUCAUGUACAAUUUUUCUAAUCGUAUUUUUGGAGAAUAGAUGUGAACUUCAGUCGAAUUAUUCACGAGCUCUAUCAGGAUUAAGUGGUCGUUUACGUGAUGCUCUGGCAAAAACAACGGCACAGUUCAUAUAGCUUGGUUACGAAUAGCUAAUGCUUUUGAAAUAGAAUCAAAAUUACAUGAAAAAUUUGUUCAAAAUUUAUUAAAUGGUUUAAUUAAACCAUUGAAUAAUUUAAUUGAAAUAUAUAAAAAGAAUAAAAAGUCACUAAAAAAAUGUGUCGACAAAGAAACAAAUAAUUUAUUCUCUUUGUACGAAAUGGAAUUUCAUGCCAGACAUAAAUUAUUUACAUGUUUUCGUAAUUAUGAACGUGUUUGUUACAACUAUCACAUACAAUCAAGGGAUCAGCAAAAACAAUUAAGUCGAACUAUUCAAUCUAAUAAUGAUAUACAGAAAAAGCGUAGUUUAAGCAUGAAUCGAUUUGAUACAUCUAGUCUAUCGACUAUGGACUCUACAAAUAACAGUUUAUUAUCAGAUCAUUAUUCAUCGAUUCGACGAAAUUCUAUUGAUGUUGACACUAAAGUAAUAACGACAACUCUCGAAUCGUAUGACACAACAACAACAACAUCAAAUCUAACUUUUAAGGAUACUGAUAGUUCAACGAGUCCAUAUUUUUCUUCACGAUCCAGUACUUUGUAUACUUCUCUACCCCAUAAGAAAAAUCCAAACAUUAUUCGACAUCAUAGCAGCUUGUCGUCGAGAAAUGGAAGAAAAUUUUUAACAAUAGAUAAGUUGAAAGACGCCUAUAAUACAACCCUAACUCACUAUUAUCGAACAUGUCUGUCAGCUGAAGAAGCUAGAAUUGAUUGGCAUUCAAGAAUUUUGAAAUGUCUUAAUCAUCAACAAAUAUUAGAAAAUGAUCGUUUAAAUAGUUUAACUAAUGGUUUAACAGUUUAUCGUAAUACUUUAGAUGAUACUUUACCAACAUGGAAAGCUGUUAUAAAUGAAGUAGCUGUAUGUAUAUACAUUUAUUUUGUUAUUUAUUUCAUACAACUAAAUCUUUUGAUAAAUUAAUUUAUUUUAUUUUAACACAUAGAUAUUGGUACAAGGAGGCACCAAAUACAUAUGCGCCACAAAAAUCUCAUUUGAUAUGUGUGAGGGCUGUGAUACUGCCCGGGUAUUCAAACCGAAGCAGGUGGUUUCCUUAGGGGGCCACACCUUGAGCCUUCAACCUGAAGGUCUGAUCCACAAGGCAGUGGAACAACGUAUGGAGAUUCAGUCCCAUGUUAGCCGGUGACUGACGAUUGGCUCAUACACCAUUUGUUCCUUUAGGAUACUGGAGCCCAUGUGCACCAUCGGUUUGGAAUCAGGGUUUUACAACUCCCCUAGGUGGACUCUCCAUGUCCAUCAACCUGGGUAAAGCACUGGACGUUCGCUUUUCGUCCUCUCAAUUUCUUAAACAACAGUAAUGCCACGAGAUAGCAUUGAGUAGGACUUCCAUGGCAGAGGCUAUAUACGCGUGGCCAUGUGAGAGCAUUUCGAGAUGCAGAGCGGACUCUCCCCACUCUCAGGCGUACCAGGGGAUGGUUUACAGAAUAGAAAAUGAAAUUAAUCAGUCUAUUUAACAGCUUAUAUAAUUAUAGUUAGUAACGAUUGUUUAAUAUAUAAUCCAGUUUGUGAUUUUUAGAUUAAAAGAAUAAGGACGCAAACAUGUAUGAAUAACACAUGGGUCAAAUCGGUGUGUAUUUGUUUGUUAAGAAGUAAUGAUAACGUAGAGUAGAAUAGAUGUUGUUACCUAAAUGGUUUAAAUUAUUUUUCUGGUUGGCGUUUUUUUAGCAAGUUAGUUUUCUACGGGAUAGGGUCACCAACCCCAUGCCCAACCCUCCUCCUUUACGCGGGUUUGGGACCGGCAGUAGCCGCAGAGGGGCUCCAGACGGAGUUAACAUGUGAUGUUAUUACUUACUUACGCCUGUUACUCCUCGUAAAGGAACAUAGGCCACCAACCAUAAUUCGUUAUUGAAUUCAUUCUUGGGCAAUUCUCUCCAGUUAUUAUUCAUCCCUUUAUUGUCUAUUUCUUAUUCCUGGCACAAUGUGUUCUUUAGUCUUCCUCUUCUCCGUUUAUCCUCAAGUUAAAAACGCUAACCAGGUGAUGUUAUAUUUACUAGUAAUCACGAUCAAGAUAAGAGAAUUAAUGUCAGUGUAGUGAAAUUGAUAUUGGAUUAAGUAAUCACUCAGAAUAAUGAGAAAUAAGGUCGAAUAAAUAUGCAAACAUCAAAAAUAGAUCAAUAACACUCCGAUGUCACUUCUAAUGGCAACUGUGAACUUACAUGUGCCGGCGGUAGCAUGUAUAUAGGAAAGACAGAGAGAAUGGUUUCUACUAAGUUUUCUGAACACAUUCUUAGGUUCCUAUGCCUAAACACGAGUGCAACUUCAAAGCAUUACUAAACUCAUUCAAUUUCAUUUUCCAUUCUUCAAACCUUGUUCUUUAUCUCUAUUUAUAUUUAUUCAUUGCAUAAUACCAUAUUGCUAACAAUUUUGUAUAAAAUUUAAUAUAUACGAAUUGUGAAUAACAGUGUAAACCGAGAAAAUUUGUGCUUUUGCCCUAUUUUGGACUCAUCAGUUCAAUUUACUUGUAUCCCCAUGGUUGGUGUUUACACCGAAACGUAUCCCUCCUAUUAAACUACACUGAAUCCCGACAGCCACUAACGUUUGCAACCGAUGUGUGAUUUAGUUGUAUUUGAAAUGGUUAUUUAUAUUUUGGACUCAGUGGAUAACACAAUGGCAUCUUAAACAAAUGGUACUCGGAUCGAAUGCCUGAGUGAAUGAAUGGCAAAUCUGGGAUGCAGGUACAUCUAGCUGAGAAGCCCUAAAUAAGCCGAAGUUCGCAUCCUGAAUUCCACUUCUAGCCACAUUUUAUCUAGUCUAUAUUAUUUUGUAUCGUAACGGCUAUGUCGAGGCAAUUCGUACAGAUACCUAUAAGCCAACCAAGACUGAUCAAAUUUCAGUCAGAAAUAUCAGUAACGCGAUAAUCCUAAGCAUUUCAAAUAAUCCAAUCUACUUCUGAAGUGUUGACGGGGAAACCAGUUGAAAGUUCGAUUCCUGAGAAAUCUAAUUGACUAACAUCUAAACAAUUAAUAUUUGGUACUUACAAUGCAUGUCUCCUAAAAGUUCCAUACUCGAACGAAACACCCAUCCGGUGCUUCCCGGUGUUCAAUUAGCCGUUAAACUGGAAUCAGUUCGUGAUUUAAAUUAUGGAAAUUUCAUCUUUGUUGCUUUCAUUUCAUGUGCAUUUACAAUUUGUGAAAAACAUUCGCUUUUUUCUAAUCAUUUUUUAUAUCCUCUUCAAUGUUACAUUCUCAAAACGAUAUCCUGUAGCAUCUCACUUAAUCUCUCUUUAGUACAGAAAGAAUAUUGAUUAACUACUUUCCCAGGUAAUUGAAUAUGAGACACGUUAAGUGUGUAGGGGUUAAUGACACUACCAGUUUGCCAAGACUAGAGUAGAUAUGGCAGGUCUCGAACUUGGGAACACUUGGCAGCUGUAAGGUUGUACGCCUGAACCACUAAAUCAACUUCAAUUGUGUGAUCAUGCUAUUAGUGUAUCAAUUUUACAUUCCUCUACGUACAUACUGAAUAUAUUAUUAAUGAAACGUCUAAUAUUGAAGCAACCAAUUGGAUUUCCAGUAGAUGUCAUUUACGCUUGCUUUCAGGUUAAAAGGCUUCAUCAAAACGAGAAGCAACCAACUUGGACAUGAGAGCUCAUAGUGAUCUAGGCCUUCAGCUUUCAGCCAAUUCAUCCUAGGUUCCAACCUCUUUUUGCCUUCUUCGGUUUGGAUAAUUGAGUAGUAGUAACGUUAGCCCUUACAGAUUUAGAGCGCCGCAUACUCAAGCACCUGGAUGUUAUAACUUGUGCCCUGUGUUUUAUUAAUGUAUGACGUAUUGAUACCGCCAAUUGGAGAACAGUAAUUUAUCAACCAGACCAAUGACGCAUAAAACCCGUACGAUCAGUCUAGAGUCCUUAUCGGUCGUGCUUCCCGCCUAGCUCUGCUUCUUAAGUCCAGAACACCAAUCUCAGCCCCUGCGAUAUGAAUAAUUUAUUUCAAACAUACUGGGUUGAUAUACCAACCAGACAGACUACAUCGUGCCAUAAAAUAGGAAACAACAUUUGUACAAGAUUUAGCCAAAUAUGGCUGUGAAUGUGGGGGGUAGUAAUUGAUAAACUGGGUAUAACUCAAGAAUGGUAAAUGGUAUAAUAACAGUUUAUAGAUCGAAAUAAAGCUCAUAAUAAGAGGGACACGAAUAUAAAUAGUUUAGUUACUCAACUAUUAUACGAUAAAAAUAUACCUAUAGUAUUGGUCCAUAAAUGGGUCCCAUUCAUUAUUCUCAUCGGUAUAUAACACUGGUGAAUGAAGGUUAAAAAAAUAGCUUUUCAUAUUAGUUUGUAGAUGAAAUGUGAAUCUUGUCUUUAAGUUUUUCCAUUUUAUAGAAUGCUAUCAGUUUAGCUGAUCCAUUAUUAGAUUUACAAAAUUUCCGACAACGUUCUCACCAUCAAGAAGAUUUGUCUCAAAUAUCACCACAACAAUCAACAAAUUCAAUGAACAAACAAACUGAUAGUUCCAUAAAAUCAAAGAAUGUUGGUUGCUCACUUCAACGUCUCAUCGAUUUACCAUGCGAAAAUGUGUUACUACAACAAAAUCAACUCCAUCAGAGUCCAUCUAGUCCAUCCUCAAAAUCACAGGCGUUGAAUAUUAUAUGUAGAAGAAAAUCUCAAACAUCUGUUGACAGAAGCAAAGAAAAUACUCACAUAAAUUUCAUCAGUUCAUCGUUAUUAUCACCAUCAUCACCAGUUAGCUUGCGUUUAAUAAUUCAACACUGUUUAAGUAAAUCGUCAAUAUUAACAUUAAUUGAUAUGUUAACUAAAGAUAUUGAAAAAGAACGUCGUACAAAAAGAGGUUUAUCGAAUUUAGUCCAAGUUUACGCUCAUCAACCAGCUUAUACCGAUAUAGAUACACUUAUGGAAUCACGUCAUCGUUUAUACUUCUCACGUGUACGUCUCACUUAUCUUUUGUUAUGCCGUCAAAAAUUAACGCAUAGUUUAAAACAAAUUCAUUUAAGUUCAUUUGAAAAUAUAGAAACAGACAAAAGAACCUUCAACUCAUUAUCAUCAUCAUCAUCUUCACCAUUGUCAUCGGAAAACCUAGAAUUAUCUUCAAUUUUAGUACAGGCUGGAUUUUCCAAAAUGAUUCUUACUUCACGUAUAUGCUCUGAUUUAAAUAACACUAAAACUAUCAAUAAUAACAAUAAUAAUGAUAAGAAAUCUUAUUUGAUCACAUCACGUUGGAUACGCUUACCUGAUUUGGAUAGAAUAACUAAUCAUGGGUUAAAUUUAAUGGAAUGGCCUCCAUUUCCUUUAGAAGAUAUAACACAUGAAAAUCUAAACGAUAAUAUAUUUCAAUUGGAUAUUGAAAAGAUUCGUGAACAACUUAAAUCACAAUCAUCUUGGAUAUUAGACUGUAUGAAUAAUAGUAAUAGUGAUAGUCAUAAUGAUACUAACAAUGCAAACACAUUGAGUCGUGCACAUUUUACUGUUACAUCUAAUAACAAUAUUAUAACUGAUAAAUACCAACAUGUACCUCAUGAAGUAAUGCAUAAUCAAUUUAAAUCUCCAAUUAAACGAAGCGUUACAUGUUCAGAAAAGUCAGUUACAUUCACAUCAACCAACAGUAUACUUAAUAGUAACAUAAUGGAAAAAUCUAAUCAAUCAUUAAAGAAACCUCUUCAUGGUAAUAGUAUUGAUAUAAGUAAUAACGAUAAAUCAUUAGAAAGCAAUAAACGAUUCUCUAUAAUCAAGCAAUCUUCCAACAUAGAAGUUUCUCGAAAGCGAUCACCUGAAAUUUGCAGAAUUCAAUCUGAACGAACUGAUAUUACUACUAUGAACAGUAAUAUAGGUACCAUUAAAAAUAAUAUUGACAAUAUUUCCAAACAUUCAAUACUUGAUCAUUCAAUAAAUUCUCAUAAACCAAUUGUACCAUUAGCAACUGAUGAAAGUGAUACUGAAAAUUCUAUAAAUAAACAUUGUUCAUCAAUAUCGUCAGUUCCUUAUUCAUCAUCUAUUUCAUCAGAGAACACUGAAAAUUCUAAAGAAGUUUUAACAACUAAUUCAUUUUGGUCUCGUCUCAGCCAUGGAUUACGUGGAUCAUCUAAUAACAAACAACAAUCUAAUCAUAACAAAUCUGAACAUAAUAUCAAAUCUCACCGCAACACUAAUAAUUCGUCAUCUAGAAAAGAAAUUGUCAAAUCUGAAAUAUCAGAACCAUCAUGUUUACGCAUUGUUAACAUUCCAAAUAGUUCUUGCUCUCUUGAUUCUGGUAAUACUGGUUCCUUGGAUAGUGAACCUAGUUCUUCAUGUAAAUCAGUUCAUUUUCACACUGGUUCAAUUGUGACCGAUAACUAUAGUUUAGAGAAAAACAGUUCAGAUUUGAAUCUAGGAGUUGGAUCUUCAUCCAAUUUGCAUUGUUUAGGUUGGGCCAAAGUUCAACGAAGCUAUCUACCUCGCAAUCCCACUGAAAUUCAUUUACAAGAAGGUGAUAUUAUUAGUAUUUACCGUAAAGUUAACUCGGAUUGGUGGUAUGGUGAAGUGAAUAAUAAAAAAGGUUUAUUUCCAGUAGAUCAUAUUGAAGAAUUUUAAAGUUUCAAUUCAUGAAUAACAAUAAACAAAUAUUGUAUAUCCUAUAGUUAUUUCAGUAAAUUCUAUCAAACAUUCAAAGUACCCUACACUUUAUCUUCACCCCUGUUUUGUUCAACAUAUCUGAUGUAUAUAUUAAUUUACAUGAAGCCAAUCAGAACAUAUCCACUUAUCAAAAUGAUGACAAUGUAAUCAAUGUUAAUGUACCUAUAUCUUUAAGAUGAAGAUAAACAAAUUGAUCUACUUCCCCAUCUUUUCGGUUAUGACCCGUUGAUGAUUUGGAUGAAUAUACGACUAUACUAUGCACAUAUAUCUUCCAUUUUAACUUCGUAUAUUACCUUGGCUAACCGUAUAUAUAUGACGGUGGUAAUAAGAAAAAAGGCAAACACAGGUUGUUUUGGAUAAAUUUUAUUUCAAGCAUUUGUUUAUCUAAACAAACAUUAAGUAUAAGAAACAGGAAAGCGAAGCGGAGAAAGUGAGCAAGUCAACUGGAUUUAAUCAAUAUUUAUAAUCAGAUAUGUGAUGAAUAGGAUAAGUACUACACACAAAAAACACACAUAUAUAAAAACAGUCAAAGUUAACAAGCGAAUAAUUAACAAAGUCAAAAGAAUGAACAAAAUCGAUCUGUUCCGAAGUCAGAAUACCCCUUAUAAUCUUGAUAUAGAGUAUCAGACACUAUAAACUUAACAAUUUAAAUAUGGAAUUUAUGAUGAUGUACAUCAUCAUAUUUACCGCUAUGUUGUACUCUUAAAGUACUACAUGAUAUAUAUAUGCACUCCUACUCGCCUCAUAAUUAUUAUACUAUGAAUCCUAUAUUAAAGAUGUAAGAAGAAAUUAUGUUUACUCAUUGAAUGUUAAAUAUUGAACAUUGAAAAGUAGUGAUGCACUACUCACUCACUAACACCCUAUCCUAUGCCCCAUUUUCUACUAAAUGUUUAAUAUUCAAUAAAGUGAUCAUUAUUAUUAUUAUCCCUGAUUUGUAUUAUACCUUUAAAUUAUUGUAUAUAUCAACAUAUAGAAAAUAAGUCAGCGCAUUAAACAUUCAAUUUAUUCAACUUUAUAUUCAAAUAUCUUAAUAAAUAUGUAGAUCUAAAUGCUUAAUUUCUGUGUAUAGAUUAAACAUUAUUAUGUAUAAAUAAGAUGAAUAUCAUCAGUACCAGUACCAGUACCAGUACCAUUACCACCACCAAUUCCACCAGUGACAUACACAAACACACACACAUACACACACACUCUCCAUCUAUAAUUCCAUUUAUACUCAGAAACAAUUAAUUAAUUAAUUACAUUAACAGUAAUAUUUAUGAAUACAAUUCAUGUUAUAUUCUAUGUUUAAAUAGUAAUUUUCAUUUAUUUAUUUGUAUUUGUUUGUUUGUUUGUUUUUUCAAUGUUAUUUAACCCAAUUUUGUUUUCUCCUUCUUUGUGUUUAUUUCAUUUUGAUUUGUUUUUCUUUGUGAUAAGUUUUGCGAAUUGAACGUUAUAUUCGUUUCCUAAGUUAUUUUCUGUAACCCCCAUGCUAGAAUUAUACAGCGACCUGAACAACGAGAGAGAGAAGACACAAAGUAUGCGAGAAGUACUUUACUCCAAUGUUCAUUUCAAUACAGAAAAUAUAAGGUUUUUAUAAUGUUUUUUUAAAUAUCCUUGAGUUGCUCGAAGAUUCUGCAAUGCUACUAAACAUAGUAGCAGUAUGGCAAUCAGUCAAUUAGAACCUUUACAUGUGACGUUGCACUUCCUUGAUAUUUUUGGCUAAAACUUCAAAUGAAUGCUGAUUGGAGGAAAUGCUUCUUAGUGUUUCCUGAUCCUUGCUUGUCUUUUGCAAGCAGUUUUCUGGAUCACUUCAACACUGUUUUUUUUUGUAGUCUCGUUGAUAUUUUCUUUCUUUUUUUUUUUUUGAAAAAAUGAAAUUAUUUUUGACGAGGUUCUCUACUAGACCUUGGCUUUUUUGGUGAUAAUUAUGUCUCUAAUGUUCAUUCAUUGUUGAAUAGUUUGAAUAUUUCGAUUUUUUUCAUUGUUUUUAUUUAAUUUGUUUGUUAGUUAUUGGGUUUCUCGAGAGAGAGAGGGAAGGGAUUAGGGAGGGGUUUAUUGUAACCUCUUGUUUUAUUAUAAUUAUUAUGAAUAACUUAUAAGUCUUCUA